UGAGUAGAGAUGAUGGCAUCUUUUGUGUUAGAUAAUAGUUGGGGUUGUUGAAGCCUGCCUAACUCAUCUUCAUAACCCAAUCUUUUCUUUUUCUACCUUAUAAAAGCAAAACCCAUCGUUCUCCCUUGGCCAUUUUAUAAGAAAAACGUUGACAAAUUUGGGGGUGUUAGAGGGAUUUGGGGUUGGUGGUUGUAGGAGAAUUGCGCUGAAUCAGAGUUCAUUUGUGGGAUUUUUGUGAGAUAUUCUUGGUUGGUUCUGGUCUGAAAGGGAAAAGGAGAGAUGGGUUCCUAUGUAAAGCUUGCUAAGAGAGCUGUGGAGACUGAAAUGCCUAUCAUGGUUCAGAUACAGGAAUUGGUCCGAGGAGCGAAAAAUGCUGUGUCCUUGGCCCAGGGAGUAGUUUAUUGGCAACCACCCAAACAAGCAUUGAAUAAGGUGAAAGAACUUGUAUGGGAGCCUUCAAUUAGCCGUUAUGGAGCUGAUGAAGGUAUUCCUGAACUUAGGGAGGCAUUGACACAGAAGUUACAAAAGGAAAAUAAGUUGGUGAAAUCUUCAGUCAUGGUUACUGCAGGUGCAAAUCAGGCAUUCGUAAAUCUUGUUCUUGCAUUAUGUGACGCUGGGGAUUCUGUGGUUAUGUUUGCUCCAUACUAUUUCAAUGCAUACAUGUCUUUCCAGAUGACUGGCGUCACUAAUAUACUGGUGGGUCCUGGCAACCCAGAGACACUUCAUCCCGAUGCAGACUGGUUAGAGAGAACAUUAUCAGAAGCAAAACCUGUUCCGAAGGUUGUCACAGUUGUUAACCCCGGUAACCCAAGUGGGACCUACAUUCCAGAUCCCCUUCUUAAGAGAAUUUCAGAUUUAUGCAGAGAAGCUGGAUCCUGGCUUAUUGUAGAUAAUACAUAUGAGUAUUUUAUGUAUGAUGGUCUAAAACACUCGUGUAUAGAAGGAGAUCACGUUGUCAACAUCUUUUCCUUCUCAAAAGCAUAUGGAAUGAUGGGAUGGCGAGUUGGAUAUAUAGCAUAUCCAUCGGGAGUGGAAGGCUUUCAAACUCAACUUCUUAAAAUUCAGGACAACAUACCAAUCUGUGCUUCAAUACUGUCUCAGCACCUUGCUCUCUAUUCCUUAGAAAUGGGACCUGAAUGGGUGACCGAGCAAGUGAAAGAUCUCGUCAAGAACAGGGAUAUAAUUCUGGAAGCACUCUCCCCUCUGGGCGAAGGUGCUGUGAAGGGUGGAGAAGGAGCAAUUUACCUAUGGGCAAAGCUUCCAGAGCAAUACGUGGAUGAUGAUAAAGUUGUUCGCUGGCUUGCUACAAGGCAUGGGGUCAUUGUGAUUCCAGGAGGUGCGUGUGGAUGUCCAGGGCACCUUAGGAUCUCAUUUGGGGGCUUGACAGAGAAUGACUGUAAAGCUGCUGCAGAGAGACUAAGGAGAGGACUGGAAGAUUUGGUAAGCAAUGGGAUUGUGCAGUGACACUCAGCCCUUUUCUUCUCUGAAUACAUUAAAAAAUGGAAGUCAGAUGGGGCAGAUUGGCGCAAGGUUUUACGACGGGCGUUUGUGCAUGCAUUGGAAUAAUAGGAGGGUGGUGAAUUAAUUCUAUGUUUUUAGGCUGAUAGUUAUGUUGUGAACAAAGGGAAGGUACUUUAUCGGCGCCGGCACAUUGGCCAUUGAUGUUUAAAGUAACAGUCGCGGAGUGGUUUUUUAUAAUAUAUAGCAAUACUACUUAGUUAA